GAAAAAGUUGUUGGCGCAAUGGUUACGCUGCGUGCGUCUCUCUCUCAAGGGCAAAGGAAAUGAGGAAAGCGUUGACAACAACAAAUGAAUCGUGCUACCGCUCCUCUCCUGUGUGUGUGAAAGCGUGAGUGUGCUCUGCUGCCAUGUCAGUGCAGGAUGUUAUUCUCGGUUUAUUUAUAAGAGGAUAAAAAACGCGAAGAUGCGCCCGCAGGGGAAACGUCACAUUUUCAGUGGGAGCGACAGCGUGGAGAGCCUGUGACCGAGCCGGGGAGAGGGAUAUGCUGCACUGUGACUACGCACGUCCGCAAGCUUCGGAUCACAACCGGAGAAACGUCCUAUAGUUGGAUGAUGUGAUUUUCUUUUUAUGCAGGAAUAUAAAAAAAAACAUUUAUGGUCACGCCACGUUUCCGCGGGAGAACCUGGAUGAGUCACGCUACCACGGAACCUCAGACCACUUUGACGGGAUCAGGACCAGUAACACCGACUGUGUCCUAAAUAGAAGAAAGAAAGAGAAGCAUCACUCAAAGUUUAUACAACUGUCACCAGGGAUUUCGGGUCACAGUGCCACGGUUAGACCUUGUCUGUCUUCGUAUAAACUCCUGGAUGGAUGGAUGGAUGGGCCUUUAUGCCUUUGAAGAUUAUAAGAAAUUAUAAUUAAGAGUUCAGCUUGUGAACUGUCUCCUGGUGCUUUUUAAUAAAGUUGAUAUUUCAGAAUUGAAUAUGUCCGCCACCGUGGGAAGUUUUCCAACGAGGGAGCCUGGAGAAUGAAAGCGGCAUUUGUGCGUCUUUAACUGGACACUGAGCCCAUUUGGAGACGAACGGAUCUUGAUUUUCUCUUCCUCCUCUUCUUCUUCUUUUUUUUUUUUGGAUUAGUCCAAAAACAUUUUUGCUUGCCCCUUGGACUCCUGCACAAUGGGGAUUAUGCUUCAAGUUAUUCUAGGAAUGUUUCAGUUCCUGCUGCUCACCAGAAUACCCACGUCUCAUGCCAAGCUCGCUCACUGGCGGCCUGCUGAUGCCCCCAAAUCAAGAGAAGGUCGAGAAGUGCGACGGUGGUUGGAGGUUUAUUCAAGAAGUGGGUGCGAGCCUCGGGACACUUUGGUGGAAGUUUGGCGGGAGUUGCCGGGGGAAACCCACAACCUCUUCAUCCCGUCCUGUGUGUCCGUGAGGCGCUGUGGUGGCUGCUGUGCCGACGAGGCCCUGGAGUGUGUGCCUUCGCUCACUCACACGCUCACCAUGGAGCUGAUGAGGACCUCCUUCAUGAAACAUGAGAUGAUCGAGCUGCCCUUUGUCGAGCACAGCCAGUGUGAGUGCAGAUCAAAAGAACAAUUCCAACCUGCUACAAAACCUACUACAAGGUUGCUUUGGAAGCCGACAAGAAAUGAGAAGAAGAAGGAGAGGGGGAAGUCCAGACAGAAGACACGUGGAUCCACCAGUGCUGCGACCCAUGUUCCCCCAAGUCUUUCUCCAACAAGCCCUUCUCCCACCACCGUUUCUUCCUCUCCUUCUCCAUCCCCGAAGCCUUGUCAUCACUCGUGCAAAGGAAGGAAGUGGACGUUGGACGCAGAGUCGUGUCAGUGCCGCUGCACCAUUCGCGCUGAGAGCUGCAGCCAGAAAGGCCGGAGGCUCAACCCUCACCGCUGCAGGUGUGAAACCAUGAGGACUUGAUGUGUCUGUCCACCCUCAUUUCACCCCCCUUUACUCCACCUCACCCUGUUGAUUCAUUGUCCACUCUCAGCAUCACUGCUGCCAUGGAGCAUACAGACCACUGGACAUCUAGUAUGUCACGCUGAAGGAAAAACAUUAUUAGCAGUAGUACACUCAAAAAGCAGUAGCAGCAUUCAAGUAAAGCAACACAUGCAGCAUUACAGCCUCUAUACACUGUAGAUCUGUGUGUGUGUGUGCAGCCAAACAUCUUGUCACCUGCUCACUCUCUGCUAUGGAGCUGCCACCAUCAGUCCAUCUGUGCAUGUAUGUCACAGAGCUCAUUCCAUGAGUGGAAGAUAAAGUGGCAGAAACAUUACGACUUUGAAAGACAUGGGGGGGGGCUGUGGCUUCGGAGCUGUGGAUGAACCUGAGACGAGGAGGAACACCAGAGAAGAAGUGGACUGGUCUUGUAUGAGCAUCCAUGCACGACUGUGAGUUGCUGCUCACACGGAAACAGAACAUUGAAAAACCACUGGGAACAGACUAUUGGUGAACACACACAUAUACACAUACCAGAGGAACACAGGACAUGAUCAUGAACUGGCUCCCCAGUGUGCAGUGGACGUAUAGCUGAGCCGAACACAGUGAUGGAGUGUAUCUGUGUGGUCUCCCUGUGAAAGACCCAGAUGGGUUAUCCCUGCAGCCGUUCUUUCUCAUUCAAAGAGUGGCUCUCUGAGCUGCUUUCUGGCAUUUGUUUAAUUUUGGCCUUUUGUCUCCAUCUUUUUUCCUCGGCACCUCGAUUGAAAGCAGCCGCUUUGCCUCCCUCUCGCCUCUCUUUUAGGCAGUGAGGAGAAUGACAAUAAUGAGGACCUGGCGGCUGUCCACCACUUCACACACAAACAUUCACACUUAUAAUACGAGGAACACAGACAUCACUGCAAAUGCAGACACGCAUUCACUCUGUGCUAUUGCAGGCACACACAUAUACAUAUAUAUAUAUGUAUACAUAUAUAUAUAUAGUAUAUACACAGACAUGUAUACACAAUGUGAAAUGAUUGCAGGUAGCUAUAAGCUUAUAGACAUGUAGAUUUGCAAUUUAAUGCAACAUUUGUCCAUUGUCUUAUUCUUCACAUCGUGUUAUAUGCCUGUGUUUUAUAUUUUUAUUAUAAUUUUGUAAAGUUGAUUGAAAAGAUAUUCUAUAUUGCUGAAUGUGUCUUCCUUAAUCAGAUGGAUCCUUAAUCCAUCUGCAUAAAGAGUCACGCUGGGUGGCCGUCGGCUAUGAACACACUCAGCAUCCAAACCAAUACCCAAAUGUAUUGAAUUUAAACAGAGACGGCUGACACGGGCCUUAAAGGAGACGAUAUACAUUAUAAUGUGUGUUGAAGUCAUGCAGCGUCGUCCACAGCACUCAGAAACCCAAGCAGAGAGCGGUUCCCGGUGCUGUGAAAGAGAGAAACGUGGCUGUUGUUGUUACACGCCGGGGCUGGGAUGGAGAGAGUGUUAUUCAUUUGGAACAUAACUUGUUUAUAUUCUGACUGAAUCUCACACUUUAACUGCCUGAUAGCUCACUGCUGCUUUGGCUGCUUGGAUGUGAACUGUGCUGGCUUCAGAAAGGACGACUGUCAGUAUGACAAGCUGGAGGUUGAACCUCUGCUGCCAGCGACGUGGACCCAUUUCCGACACACAUUCAGUGCCUGUGUUAAAUUUUACCAGUCACGUCUGAGCACCAUGAGAAACUAUGAAACUCCAUGACUCACAUCCAUUCUCCCCCCCAGGAUCCCUGUCGUCCUGCUGAUUGAAGAAUAGUCCCCCAGAAAUAGAGUGUAGACCGCAGUGUGAAUGAUUUCUGUGUUCGCCUCGGAGCAAAAGAACUUUGUUUUAGUUGCUUGUGUGAUAAGCUCUGUAUUUAUACUCUCUACUGAGAUGAGAUUGUUUUUUUUGGUCCAUGCUCAAGUUCAUUGUUCAGUGUUUGUUAUGACUCGUCAAUCAAUGCUUCAAUCACUACCUCUGUAUCAUGACAUAUUAAUGACCAAGUAUUAGAGCAUCGUUGUUACUUUCUCUGUGUUAUUUCUGACCUCUUCUUAAGAUUAUGAUGUUUGUUUUUUUAUUUACACUUAGCAAUAAGCACAGUCUCCAGUGUAGAAACUAUAUGUAGUGAUCAUCACUGGUUUAAAAAGGAACCUGGAGGAGAUGAGUGUCUGAGAGCAUCUUAAAAAAGUUAAGACCAGACACUGUGUGAUAACGCGGAACAGGAGAUUGUUUUCCAAAGCUUUUGUAGCGACUGUCCAUGGCUUUAAAAUAACCUUUUCAUGUUUUGGGAAAUACAUUUACCUGUUUUUUGGUGAGAGUUAAAUGAAAAGAUUGAUACAGCGGCCAUGCUAUAUACAGUAACCAUGAAAGUAGACUGACUUUUUAUUAGACUGACAAUAACUGGGAAAAUCAGACAAAACAUACAUAAAGUUAUUAGCGUCCUAAACUUAUUAAUAUUGAGUCUUCACAUUUGCUUGCAGUAAAGACUCCAAUGAGUCACUGCUGCCAUGCAGCCAGAAAACAGUCUGACUCAUAACGCUCUGCAAAACAGUUUAUUGUCCUAUAACAGUUUGGACUUAGCGAGUAAUAAAUAGCUUAUUAAUCAGGGAGUUAAGUGAUAAGCAGAUGUUGUUACCUUUGGUCAAAGCCUGGUAGUUGCAUCCAUUUCCUAGAAAAAUUAAGAUGAAUACUCCUAUAGUCUCAUACCACAAGACACGACCCACAGGCAUGAUUGAUUUUUUUAUUUAACUCUGAAAAACAAUGGAUUAACAAUGCAUUUUCCCAAAUCUCACAACUUUUUGUACUGAUGCAUUUGUUACUGGUGACUCAUAUUCCAAGUUUGAUUUAUUAAUAAUAAUCAGAAUGAUAAUAAUAAUAAUGAUAAUGUAUUGCAAGCAAAUGCUUUGGGAAACUGUGAACCUCAGUCCACAUUACGCUUGUGUUGGAGAUUAGCCAAACAACAACAAACUUCUUUUGAAGGCAGAACUGAAGGAGCAUAUGGACUUGGAAUGAACAGAUCCACUCUUAAAAGACACGCAUUAUGUUAAAGACAUUCCACCAAAUAGAGCUGUGGUCCUGCUUAGGUAACUGUUUGUGAGCCUUGGAGACUCUAUUACACCUUGUGACCAGAUUGUCUUAUUUAAAGUAUUUAUUCUGCAUCACAACCCUUUUAAAAACGUAUAGCUCGGACAUGUUAGCAUCCUAUCCAAGUGUCCCGACCCUGUGUCAGUCUCAAGUAUCCGUGUGCUUAAUAUCUGCACAGUCUAUGUUUGCACUGUAAAGAUAGCCCUGUUCUCGCCUCCAGUGUCUUAGUAGCCUUUAGAGACCCCUUACUAAUGAUGUAACAUUUUAUAAUCUCUAAUACUCAGCCACGUCCUUGUGUAUGAUGUACAGCAUAUGUUAGAAAUGUAUUUGUAACUUAAUUUCAGAUGUAUACUUUGCAGUGAAUUACACUCUUUUUUGCUGCUACACCAUCUGUGCCCUAUAUUAUGAUGUCUUUGUAGAGAAUACAAUGCAGUUGUAUGUUGUAAUAGUAUCAUUGCCAUUUAAUCAACUUCAAUGUCCACAUGAAAAUGUCUAUUGCAUUGUCAAAAAAAUAUAUUGAAAAUGAUACCAGGAUACAACAGUGAUGUUACAGAUGUUAUUAAAGGAAAUGUCUUAUUUUUCAUAUAAA